ACAAAGUAUCUCGUGACACCCAUUGCGUACUUCACAAAGAGUCAUCUUGAAGCACCGAUGAAAACCUUCUACAGCUCCGCGUACUCCGUGGUGUGCUUCUUCCUUGCCUGCACGAAUGCCAUUGACGGACGGCUACCAUUCGGCUCCGGAGGCAGGACCAUCCACCAUGUCCGACGAGAGGCCAUUGAGCGAGCCAAUGUCAUCAAAACAAACGAUGUCGACCCGAGCGAGCUGUAUCCUGUGAGACACAUCGACUUGCCCGUCAAUCAUUUCCCCAACAGCUCUAGAUACAAACCAGACAAAUCUGGGACGUUCAAGAACCGGUAUUGGCUCGAUGCAUCUCACUACUCUCCCGGUGGUCCCGUCAUAGUUCUGCAGUCUGGUGAGACCGACGCCACGAGCCGGCUGGUGUACAUGCAAAAGGGCAUUCUAGCACAGCUAGCAGAAGCCACGAAUGGCAUUGGAGUGGUGCUAGAGCAUCGCUACUACGGCCAGUCUUUCCCUACAGACUCAUUGUCCACGGAAAACCUGCGCUUCUUGACGACUGAGCAAGCGCUCGCUGAUGAGGUCUACUUUGCUCAGAACAUCGUCUUCCCAGGGCUGGAAGACAAGAAUCUCACAAGUCACACUACGGCAUAUCUCAGCUACGGCGGCUCUUACCCCGGGUCCAUCUCCGCUUUCUUGCGGGUGAAGUAUCCUGACGUCUUUUGGGGCUCCAUCAGCAGCGCCGGAGUCACCAAAGCCAUCCUGGACUACUGGCAAUAUUAUGCAACUCCGGCGGAGUAUGGACCGACUUUCUGCAUGACAACUCAAAAGCUGUUCACCAAGAUGGCCGACAAUAUCUUGAUGGGCAAGAAGAAGUCGAAAUCCAUUCACAAGCUGAAGCAUCUCUUCGGCCUGGACCACAUUACACAUGACGUCGACUUUGCGAACCAACUGUCGUCCGGAGUCGGGUCGUGGCAAGGCCUGAACUGGGACCCUGAAGUUUCACAGGACAACUUCUACGAAUUCUGCCGCAACCUCAGCAGCUUGGUCGUCCUCUUCCCCGAGACGGAAAGCAAGCGAUCUCUGGCGGAGGAAGUCAUCGAAGACGGCGGCUAUACCGCGGACCCUCUUCUCGUGAAUCAGCUUCUCAACUACGUGGGCUGGAUGAACCUCACGGCUGUGUCUGUCUGCCAAAAUGAAGGUCAUACACACGACCACUGCUUCUCCAAUCUGAACUCUACAUUCUAUCAACAACACGAGUUGAAGGACUACGUCUGGCGCUCGUGGGCUUAUCAAUAUUGCACGGAAUGGGGCUACCUCCCCACUGGCUCGGGUGUUCCAGAAGACCAAAUGUCACUGAUCUCGAGGACCCUCGAUCUCGAGUAUCUCAGCACUGUCUGUCGUGAGGCAUUCAAUAUCACCGACCCACCGGAUGUCGAGGAGGUCAACAAGUUCGGAGGCUAUGACAUUCACUACCCACGACUGGCUGUUAUCGAUGGAGAGUGGGAUCCGUGGCGACCAGCGACGCCACACGCCUUUGCAUAUGGAGCCUCGCCCCGCAAUAGCACCACCAGCGAGCCCUUCAUGAUGAUCCCACAAGGUCUCCAUCACGAAGACGAAAACUCGCUGUUCCCGAACGAAACAACCCCGAAAUUGCCGCCUCCCCGCAUCGUCUCUGUACAAGCCGAGGAGCGCCGCUUCGUCAAAGCGUGGAUGGAGGAGUGGAAGCAGGAUUGUAGAGCUAAGGGCGACUGUUCAGAGGGGGCCUCACCUCCGCUAUUGGUCGUUCAAUAA